AUGAAGCACCUAGCAGCUUGGUAUCAGAAAAAAAUCAGUUCCUAUGACAAAGAAGAAUGGGAGACGAUGGUGGAACAGCUCCUGAUGAGAGGAACAUACAGACGUCGGAUCAUAGACUUCACGUCACAUCCAAGAUCAUACUUGAUAGAUGUUGAUUUAGUUAGAGGAUCAUCAUUUCCCAAAGCAAAACCGACACUUGGAGUGCGAAGGGUCGUAUGGUUUGCGUUGGUACGACUCUUCUUUCUACCAGCUCUAUACCAAUGGUGGGCUCAACAAACAUCACCGACUUGUGCUAAAUUCCUACUAGCACUGUGGCUGUUGCAAGUUAUAAAUAUUACCAUAGCUUUCAUAGCACCGGUUUCUUUGGACAUUGAUUCAUAUUCAUGGAUAGUGCCUCUUGGUCUCAUGAUAGUGCUAAGUAUAGUGCACUCACAAAUAGUCAGUACUACUGAAAUGGAACUGGCAAGAGUAAGACCUCGUUCGGCAUAUCGGAGGAAACUGCCGAGGUAUAUAAGAAAAACCCGCUCGGACUGCGAUGGAGGUAGUGGCGGCGGAUCUGCUGAAAGUGGUGCAACUUCAAGCCAUAGCAAAACUCCUCUCACGAAAUCGUCCAAAUUCAGACGAAGGCUUUCAAGAUCAGAUUCAACUGAUACAGGGAUACGGAAACGUAAGAAAGAAGUAACGAAAAAUAAUGACACUGAAGUACAUGCGUCCAAAGAAAAAAGUACUGCGAAAUCAAAAGUUAAAGAUUCAGACGACGAGGAUUAUAUGUCCUGGAAAAAACCAGAAGAAACAGCGCCAGUAGUGACAUUCACUCCACCACCAGAGGAAGGGAACACCAAACGCACAUUUCGAUACAAACCGAACAUAUUGACAAAGAAAUACUUAGAAUUCUUCAAUGUACGCCAGAAUUUAAAUAGACCUAUCUUCGCUGACGGCGACGAUGGCUUUGAAAGUCUCAACGGAUACAACUCGCACGGCAGCGACGGAGAAAUCAGGAACAGAGAAACAGAUAGGAAGCCACGCGAACAAAUAAAGGAAAAACCGGUAGAGGAAAAUGAUCCAAAAAUAAUAGCGACCGAAGAAAAAGCAGAAAGUGCCAAAACUAACAAAGAUGAUGAAGAAAAAUCUGUAGACCAUGAAUCAGAUAGCGCUACAACGAAUCAAGCUAAAAGAGUCGGCGUGAGAUUCAGAAAAUCAUGGGCCAAAAACUCCGUCCACGAAUCGACGGACGAAGAUUACAAUCUUAAAGCCAAACAAAAGAAACUAAAUAACUACCAGAGUUCGUCAUCGGACGGUGAGUGUUCGGCUUCAGCGCCAUCUAUCGCUUUACCGUCACACCAUACUAUGUCAGACUGGGUUGGCCAAAUUACUAACAGUGAAGAGAGCAGUUACGGAUCUCAAUCCGAAGCCGGUCACUCGGAUGUAUUUCAUUACACGGCCGACAGUUCUUGGGAUCCAUUCGCCAUUUUGGAUCCUUCCAGCGACACUGUGAAGUGUACAAUGUGGGAGCGUGGCUGUACUUUGCGUGCUGAAUUAUCAGCUGUUGAUAUCAGUUGGUACGUGGUGGCUCGAGCUGAAAGAGCUAUGUCUGACGGCGGGGUGUGGCCGGGACUUGUUAUGGCGAGCCUCGUGGCUGUAGUAUCACCAUUCAUGAGACUUGUACAGGUGGCUAUAGAAAAGGACACACGCAGUGAAGAUGAGCUGCAGAAUAUUUCUCUUAUCAGUUACAUUCCAUCUCUUGUGGUCAAUUAUACUCAGGGCUCGAUGGUUUGCGUUUUCAAUGGAGCCCUCGGAGAUAGCUUUUGGGAGAUAUCAUCGAACGUACUAUCAUGUAUAUUACGUUUCGCCUUAAGUGCUCUAGUGUUCUUCCUCUUGGCGGUCGCUGAACGCGCUUACAAACAGAGAUUCCUUUACGCCAAACUCUUCUCACAUCUGACAUCAGCGAGGCGAGCCAGGAAGUCAGAACUACCGCAUUUUAGAUUAAACACAGUCAGAAAUAUAAAGACUUGGCUAUCAACUAGAUCAUAUUUACGGCGUCGUGGUCCUCAGCGGUCGGUGGAUGUGAUAGUGUCGGCUGCGUUUAUGUUGACUCUCACACUACUUGCUUGUGUCAGCGCACAACUAUUAAGGGACUCGGUCACACUUGAGAGGGGUUGGUUGUUAGAAGCUAUGGUGUGGAGCUGUUGUCUCGGUAUAUAUCUCCUUCGUCUACUCACGCUCGGUAGUAAUGUGAACAGAAAGUACCGCGGAUGUCUGUCAGCUAUACUAACAGAACAGAUCAACUUACAUCUGGCGAUAGAACAACGACCUGAGAGCAAGGAACAACUCACUGUAGCAAAUAAUGUGCUUAAAUUGGCUGCAGAUUUACUAAAGGAAUUGGAUUCGCCGUUCAAGAUAUCAGGGAUAUGUGCAAACCAUUAUCUUUACACCAUAACUAAAGUUGUUAUACUCUCCGCCCUGUCUGGAGUUUUAUCUGAAAUGUUAGGAUUCAAGUUGAAAUUGCACAAAAUUAAAAUUAAAUAA